AUGGCCCUCUUCGGGUGCGCCUGGGUCUUGUCUUCCCUCCGUCUUAUUCUCGUCUCCAUUGACCGCAGGCCGCUGGGGCGCACACACAAACCCCCUCUGCGUUCCAGGGGCACAGCAUCGGCUCCUCACUACGGCGGCUAUCCUUCCCCGUCCUCCAAUCUCACCAUCGAACAAGGUUAUUUGACAAUCUUCCCGUGCGGCCCACUGACCCAGCCACGGGCGUCCUUCCUCUUCUCAUUGCCUCACACGGCCUCUCAAGUGCUCUCUUCCUAUAAGCGCCGAGUACGCCAUAGGAUCACGCCCGGCAUCGCGGAGUGGAUGCGCAAGCCCGUGCCCACGCCGGGAACACGGCUUGAGACCUGGGACGUGCGCGUCGUAGCAUCUUCGAUUCCUACACGUAUUGCUAAUUCGACCCACGCAACAUACUUCCCAAACGCGUGCCUGCACAGCCCGCCGCGUGUGCUGGAUAUCCAGAGCUUCGGGGACAAAGCAGGCUGCCUCGCGCGCAGCGUCACGGCGCCGGACAAUAGACAGAUACCACGGUCCAUGGAGCCCAGACGGCGACGCAUAAUGACCGCGCUCCACGCACCCACUCGAAACCCAAACUAUACUCGCUACUCGGAUAAAUACUCAGCUGAGACGGCCGAUAAGUGUUGGUCUCCGCUCUGGUCUCAGUUUGAAGGGCCGCGCGUUGAGACCCCUGUCGUGAGAGGCACGGUGGACAGGGAGACCUUGCUGGAUGUGGGUGUGCGCGGUGCCCGGAUGGGAGAGAUUGCCACUGCAAUGGGCAGGCUGGCGAUCGUCGUGCCUGACGGGCCUGCACGCCUGACACGGCGGCACAAGGCACGCCAUCGCCGCGACGAUCUCAGCACUCCUUACGCGCGAAGGGCUCGGCGACAAACAUACCAUCGUGGACGGCUCUGCGUGUGCAGGCUGGGCAGAUAUGUGUACAUGCUCCGCGACCGGGCGCCCCGCGGGCCGAGCGCGUGCGCGGCGGGCUGCGAUGUGACCGUGCGCAUGCAGCUCGGUAUGGACGCGGGCGCGACAUGUGCCUGCAUGACGAUAGGAGGCUAUGAAUAUGCCUGUGACAUGGAGUGCGCGCACAUAAGGUGGGGCGACGUGGAGGGAAUCUGCGAGGUCCUUGGCGAGGGCCUGAUGGGGCAGGGCGGGAUUGACGGGUGUGUCAGAGGGAAAGAUGAGUGGGUGAAACAGGCUCACGUCGAUGUUGCCCUGGACGUUGCGUAUGAGGGUGAGAUGGCGGGUGCCUGCGUUGCGGACGUCGGUGUAGACGGGGACGGAGCCGCGGUUGUUGCGGGGGACGUGGUAGGGGAGCUGAGUGGCGGCGGUGGCGAGACGGCGGGCGUGGGGGGCGGCGGGGAGAAGGCGGUGGCAGAAGGGGAGCAUCUGGGGGAGGAGCGGCCGCGGAGUGUGAAAAGGCGGUGGCGGGAGAAGGCGGCGUCAGACGACCACACACGCCCCCAGCAGGCGCCCCCGCCGCUGACUCCCGUCACCCACCUCUCCCACCUCGGCUACGCUGUCCAGCAGCAAUUUGCGCCCCAGCAGCCGUACUGGCACCCCGCGCAGGACUCCUACCUCUUCAACAGUCCAGUCGCAUCCUCUGACAUGUUCUCCGCCUUCUCGCGCUGGUCGCUUGCGCCGCAAGAACACCUCCUUCCAUACCACUAUGCUGGUGCGAUCAUCCCGCAGGAGUAUGGAUCCUCAGAAGUCGGCUUCUCCCCAGCGCCGUCAGAUGCGUCCCUGCAAUCCUGGGACAGCGACGCCUCGCCCGCGAGCGCCCCUGCCCCGCCGCCGCACCCCACGCACGUCGUGUGCAAUGCACCGCUCGUCGCGCCCGUGCCCCUGCCCUACCACUCGCCCACAUUCCUCCAGUACGACGACCUCCCGGACGACGACGAGGACCUCUCGCACCCGCCUUACACCCGCCGCCCACACAAGCGAAAGCGCCGUCUGGACGAGGAUGAAGCCGACUCAGCCGCAUCUGGAAUCCAGACCAUGCCGGCGAAGCGGCGGUCAGUCUCUGGACCCGACAACCACCCGUUCGCAUAUCGCGUACCGCCGGACGCCAACGCACAAGCGCUCCCACUGCCGAUGCGCGCUCUUCCGGUGUCCAUUCAGACACGCCAUCUGGGCAUCGAGUGGCGCGCGGGAAGAGCGCGGUUCGAGUGGCACCACCACUGGCUCUGGCAGGGCAGCCCAGGUGCCGCGGGCUGGCCUGAGGAAGACCGGGAUUACCCAGGCACGUUCACGCUGAAGGUUUGGGGAUGUGUCCGCAUCCGCAUAUAA